AUGUUUUCGACAAGUUUUGUCUUACUUUGCUUAUUUUCCUUGGUAAUUUCUAAAGAAGUUACUGGGGUUUUCACCAAAUUCAAUUCCUUGAAAUGGGAAAGCGCUGGUAAUUACCAAUUUCAAGCUCCUUCUUAUCCAAACUGGAUCGCUGAUUUAACCUGGGUUAUUGACGGUUCUAAAGUUAACAAAGGGGACACCUUUACCUUGCACAUGCCCUGUGUUUUUAAAUUCACAACCAGUGCUUCGGAAGUCAAUUUGCAUGUUAGUGGAAAAACAUACGCUACUUGUUCCUUUGCCCCUGGUGAUGUUGUCGUUGACUAUUCAGAAUUGAAAUGUGUGGCUUCAGACUCUGUCGGUCCUUCAACGUAUGCAUAUGGUACUGUCUAUUUCCCCUUCACAUUUAAUUCCGGUGGUUCGGGAUUAACAACUGACUUAAAAUGUGCUCCAAUUUUCCAUGAUGGAACUAAUACUAUCUCCUUUUACGAUGGUGACGAUGAGCUUUCCAUAGAUGUCAAAUUUGUUGGUGGUGCACGAACAAAUCCAGAUGUUAUUAUUCGAGAGAAUAGAAUCAUCCCCAGUUUAAAUAGAGAACAACAUUAUAUUUUGGCUGGAAAUUGUGCAAAUGGAUAUCAAAGAGCAACCAUUGGGUUUUCGGUCUCGAAAUCUGGGGUUAGCAUUGAUUGUGAUUCCAUGCAUGCACUUAUUACUGACAAGUUAAACGAGUGGUACUCUCCUGAAUCAGCAACUGAAGUUCAUCCCACAGUGGCUUGCAACAGCCGUGAAUUAAAGGUUACCUUUAGAAGCAUCUCAAGAGGGUUCAGACCUUUUGCUGAUGUAUUUAUGAAAGUAGAUACAGGUGUGCUGAAUCAAGUCAAAUACAUCAAUCAAUAUCAAUGUGUAGGUAACAGCCGUACCACCGACAACCUGAAAACAGUCACAUGGGGCGAAUAUCAAAAUGAUUCCCCUGGUGCUAAUGGUCAAGAAGUUAUUGUCACUACUCAAACCUGGACUGGACUGACAACCCAUGUGACAACAUUACCUUAUACCACAAGUUCAGGAACCAUCACCAUUGAGGUGAAUGUUCCAAUCCCAACCGUCACCACUACUACCACAUGUGAUUGUCCUGAUGGUACAAGUACUAUUACUGCCUCUAUUGGUCAAACCGCAACUGAGAUUGUAUUUAUUUCUAUGGCAUCCACCACAGGAAACGAUGAAUCAUCCAGUACACCCAAUGACGAUUCAUCCACCACAGGAGACGAUCAAUCAUCCAGUACAUCCAAUGACGAUUCAUCCACCACAGGAGACGAUCAAUCAUCCAGUACAUCCAAUGACGAUUCAUCCACCACAGGAGAUGAUCAAUCAUCCAGUACAUCCAAUGACGAUUCAUCCACCACAGGAGAUGAUGAACCAUCCGGUACAUCCGAUACGGAAGAGACCACUACUACGUGUAUUGAAGACGAAUCUGCAUCAGAGAGUGAAGAGUCGACGAGUAUGGAGCCUGAAAUGUUAUCAACUACUGAGCACUAUACCAUAAGUACUGAAGAAUUGAAUAGUACAUUUAGGACAGCUUCUGACAUUGAGGAAUCAACUGCCCAUCCAAUUGAAGAAUCAUCAACUCUGAAAGGUCAUGAUGAAGAGUCAUCUAACACAGUUUGCGAGGAGUCAUCAACGAUUGAAGAUUCAACCCGGUCCACCCAAUACAUCACCACCACAAUCAUCGAUGGUAGCACAACUACAUUGAUAGUGUCAGAAGCAACAACUAUAACAGUUGAGGACUGCGAGAGUUCAGGUGCAUUAACCUAUCCUACUAGCCCCAUCCCACUCGGUACCUCGACAAAGACCAGAGGGAAAGAAAGUUCAGGAAUCGCUUCCAGUGGUAGUGCAAGCAGCUUAUCCUCGACUGUAAUCUCCACGACAAAGGUUAGUCCAACUGGCGCAGAUGAAUCAGCUACUACUCGUGUCACAAGUCGUUACAGUGAACCUACUCAAUGGACUACAGGCUCCACUCUGGUUCCAAUUGUCCCAGAGACCUUCCUUGGAUCUGCUUCAUCCUUUACUUUGUCAGCUGCGUUGGUCAUUUUUAUUGAAAUAUUUGUUGCUUUUAUGUUAUAG